AUGGUGAUUGUUGACAAAUCCGAAAACAAUCCCGUAAAACGUAAAAAUGGAUGGCCCGGGAUUUCUGCCGAAUAUGAUCUUAGAACCAAUAAAUUCAGAGUACUCGAUUUAGGUUCAAAUACUUUUUGUUCCGCCGUUGAAACUGGUGGAGCAGAACCUGAUAAAGGAACUCAAACCUCAAGUGGAUUUCUAGGAAUUCGUUUAUGGACACCUUGUGUUAAUAAUCAAUGUAAUUGGGUAGAAAAAACAUCUUACCUUAGCUCUGCUCGAUGGUACAAUACCUUGACUACACUUCCCGAUGGUCGUGUAUUUAUCCUUAGUGGAUGUACUGCCGCCACAGCAAUUAAUACUGUAGCCUAUCAAAACCCCACUUACGAAUUCUUUCCUAAAGAUAAUACUCCCCCAGGUGUACCAUUUGAUUUCCUUUUAAAAACUUUCCCAUUUGAUCUUUACCCUCAUGUAGUAGUUUUACCUUAUGGUACUCGAUUAUUUAUAUUUUCGGGAACAAAAGCCUGCGUUUGGGAUUAUAGAACUAAGAAAUAUAUAUUAGGUCCGAAUGACAUACCAGCAUUGAAAGGUCCUCCAAGAACUUAUCCUCUCACCGGCACGGGAUUAUUAUUACCUUUAACUUAUGAAAAUAAUUAUAGACCAGAUUUUAUGAUUUGUGGUGGUGGUCAAAAAUAUGGUGAUAUGAAUGCGGUAGCUGAUAAUACUUGUGGAAGAAUAGAUUUAAGUGUAGCAAAACCUACAUGGGAUAUGGAUACUUUUGUAAUUCCCCGAGUUAUGGGUGACGGUGUUUGUUUAGCUGAUGGAAAGAUUUUAUUCGUUAAUGGAGCUGGUAAAGGAUAUGCUGGGUACACCGAUAAUCCAGUUCUCAUUCCAUUAUUAUAUGAUCCAAAUCCUGCUACACCUAAAAAUAAACGAUGGACAAGAUUGACCGGUUCAAAAAUUGCCAGAAUGUAUCAUUCAGUUGCUAAUUUACUCCCCGACGGUACAGUUUUCAUAACUGGUAGUAAUCCUAAUGGAAAUUACAGAAAAAAUGAUGGUGUAUUAAAAUAUCCUACUGAAUAUCGAGUAGAAAUUUUCACCCCUCCCUACCUCUUAACCAAUACUCCUCGACCAAAUAUAGUUACAUUUGCCGGUGUUGGUAAUUUUAAUCAAAUAAACCCUGUUAGAAUUGGUUAUGGUAAAACAUUUACCGUAAGAAUUCGGCUUCCCGUAGGAGUUAAACCUGUAAUUACAAGUGCAGUUAUAAAUUUAGGUUUUCAAACCCAUUCAGUACAUAUGUCGCAAAGAUAUGUUAAAUUACAGGUAGCCCAAGUUAAUAAUGGUGGUAAUGGAUAUUGGAAUGUUAAUAUUAGAAUGGUACCAAGAAGCAAUGUUAUGACUCCAGGUCGUUGUUAUGUUUACUUAUUGCAUGCUGGAAAACCUGCUAAUACUGCGGUAGAGAUUAUGUUAGGAUAA